AGCGUGCUGCGGGUGCCCGAAACUCGGGGCGGCGCCGUUCCCUUGUUCGCCAUACUUGCACAGGAGCGCAGAACAACGAAGGCACUUACUGCAAAGACACCUGAAAUCGCCACUUAAAUAUUAAGCGUGAGGUCAUCUUGAACCCACUCUGUCUCCAGACAUGGCCGAGGAUGACGUGACUCCAGAGCAGCUAGCAGCCAUUGCAGCUGAAAACGAAGAGCCAGACUCGGUGAACUACAAGCCCCCGGCCCAGAAGUCGUUGAAAGAGAUCCAGGAGCUGGAUAAGGAUGAUGAGAGCCUACGCAAAUAUAAGGAAACUCUGCUUGGCUCUGGGCCCUCUGGCGCUGAUCCCACUACUCCCAAUGUCCAAGUGACCCAGAUGUCUCUGGUGUGUGAAACCGCCCCGGACCCGCUGAUCCUGGACCUGCAGGGAGACCUGGAAGCCUUCAAGAAGCAGUGCUUUGUUCUGAAGGAGGGCGUUGAAUACAAAAUAAAGAUCAGCUUUAAGGUGAACAAGGAGAUAGUUUCGGGUCUGAAGUACGUGCAGCAGACGUACAGGAAAGGAAUUAAGAUUGAUAAGUCUGACUACAUGGUGGGCAGCUACGGCCCCCGCUGCACUGAACACGAAUACUCCACCACGAUGGAGGAGGCCCCCAAAGGCCUGCUGGCCCGCGGAAACUACGUCAUCAAAUCCAAGUUCACCGACGACGACCAGCACGACCACCUGUCCUGGGAGUGGAACCUGAACGUCAAGAAAGACUGGAAAGACUAAAGGAGGCCUUUGUGUUCUUCCUGGGGGGGGGGGCGAGGGAAUAUAACAAAUAAAAAAAAACCUGUACAUUUCUCAACCCCCCCCACUCAUCCCAUGUCCACCAUUUCUGCCUUUUUCUUUUUGCAUUUCAUGUCAUGCCUUAGUUACUGCCAUCGCUGUCUUAAACCCACCCCCCCCCCCCGCAUCCGUAGCAACCCCCCACCAUCACAUCCCUCCGUCCAUCCUCCCUAUCCGCACUCACCAACAUACCAUCCUCAAUCACUCACCCCCCCAUGUAGCACCUUAAACUCCCUCCUGCUUUUCGUUUGUCCCCGGAUCUUUGCUGCUUGAAGAGAUUAACCCCCCCACCCCUGCAGAAUGGUGUCUUCCUCUCUCAGUGCGUAGUAUGAAGCAACUGUACAAUCAACUUUAGUUUGUUUGCCUUCUUUUAUAUAUAAUUGUAUCAAUGGUCGUGUACUGUGACCAUAUCACUGUUAAUCAGCUGUUGUGUCCGUAGCGGGGCCCCACCACAUCCACCUCCUAUAGCUUUCCUUUGCUUGAUGUCUUUUUGAUGUAAUUACCAUUACCUGCCUUGUAAGAAGAGUUCAUUCAGAGCUCUCCCUUCCAAGGGAGUAAAAAAAUAUUAGGAUAAAAAAAAAAAGAAAAGCUGCCUUAUGUCAAAAUCUAAUUUAGCAUGCCUUGUCAGUACAGUGCUCACUGUUAGGUAAUCUGUACUUUAAGGGCUUACCAAGCUACCAACCAGUUAGCAUCCGUAGCCUGUUACUCAGAUACAGGCUCUGCGAAAUAAACUCACCUUGUGAUUGGAGGAGACUGUAUGUUGAGAAUUGGAACCAGUGAACUAUUGAACCUCUCCUUCCUUUUAGCCAUGAGGCCUUAGCACUGACUAUGAUCAUGUGGCGAUAAAUACACAUUUCUAAUUAAGCCUUUUUUUCUCCCUUUGCCUUAAUGUACAUCAUUCCUCAUACAAAGCCCCCCCCCCCCCCCCUUCCAUCACUUCAGUCAGCAGACCCCAGGUGGAGGAGUAGAAGCAGAGAAAGUGCAGGAGGUGUCAGACGCUGGUAGUGAAGAGGAAACCAGUGAAAGGCAGGUGACACGAGCAGAGAACACGCUCCAUAUUUAAUGAGGGGUUUGAAACUGACCUGAAACAUUUGUUGAAAUCGACUCGUACUGUACCAGAACAUAUGGAUGUAUCACUUUUAUUUUGGUUCUUCUGAUAAUGUAUUCCUGCUCCAUACAUUCCUUCACAUUGUACAGUUUCUAUGAAAACGCUGGCAUGCUGGUGGGGUUGUAUAUUCUAUCAUGUGUUAUUGCUCUUCUCGGCCAAUAAAGAUUUUGCUCAA